AUGGAUCCUGGAGAGCGUCCCGCGAAGAUGCGCAAGCUCGAGCAUGCGGACAGUGAUGUGGACGUGGCGGAAGCAUGUGCGAUUCCAACACCAAACGAACAACUACCCGUGGCCGCCGAAAAUAGCAAUCAAGCUGAUGCCGCUGACACUACCCAAACACCAGCUGAGGGUGAGGGUGCGGAGCCAAAGCUUUCAAAGAACCAGCUCAAAAAGCAAAGACGGCUCGAACGCUGGGAAGCCGGGCGCGAAGAUCGCAAACUAAAGCGAAAAGAGAAAGUCAAAGAGAAGAAAGAGCGACGGCGAGAAGAGUGGGCGCAGAUGCCUACUGAUGAGAAUGGCAAAAGACCGAGACCGCCACCCUCACGUCCUCCUAGACAAGCAACUGGGAAGCAAGUACCAAUCACAGUAAUCUUCGAUUGCGACUUCGAGGAGCUGAUGUUCGACAACGAACUCAAGAGCUUGGGACUUCAGAUUACGAGGUGUUACAGCGACAACCGAAAGGCAAACUUCAGAGCUCACCUAGCACUGAGUAGCUUCGGCGGCAAGAUGAAAGAGCGUUUCGACGGCAUUCUAGCAAAGCAGUACACGAGCUGGAAAGGUUUCCGAUUCUUCGAGGAAGACUUCGUGGAAGUUUCCGAGAAGGCGAAGGAAUGGAUGUCAGGACCAGAUGGUGGAGAAGUUCUUGGGGCAUUGAAGACUUCAACAGAACGUAAUGAUUCAGGCGAGCAAGAACAAGCCGAGGCACCGACGGAAGAAGGCGAAGUCGUCUAUCUUUCUUCUGAAUCCGACAACGUUCUUACCCACUUGAAGCCUAACAGCACCUACAUCAUCGGUGGUUUAGUAGACAAGAACCGGCACAAGGGCAUCUGUCACAAGCGCGCUGUAGCCCGUGGAAUCAAAACUGCAAAGCUACCCAUUGGCGAGUAUCUUGAGAUGAAGAGCCGGCAAGUCUUGGUCACAAACCAUGUGCUAGAGAUCAUGCUCAAGUGGAUGGAGUUUGGAGACUGGGGCAAGGCUUUCAUGGCUGUAAUGCCAGAAAGGAAAGGUGCUAAACUCAAAGGCGAUGCAGAAGAUGGGGACGAUGAGGCGGCGGCCGCAGAAGAUGAGAAGAAUCUGGACCGGGACCUUGCGGCAGCAACAGAAGAAGCAGAUGCUGCGACUGGCGAGCCAACCACCGAGAGCACUUGA